AUGAAGCACAACGACUAUGAACUUCAUGGCACGCCCUCCACUGGUGCUAACGACGGUGGUGCUGGAUUUUAUUCUCAAGAAGGUCGCCCUACUUCUCAGAAGGGCUAUGUUGACCCGCGCGGGCCUGUCCUUCCACCCAUGAACGUCUCGGAUGCUGUGGGUCUUGGAGAUCAACACGACAAUAUCAUUUCGGUACAUGGCUACAUGCACAAACAGGGGAAGCGCACUAUCAAGGGACCGAUCCAUAAGAGCUGGAAACGUCGAUACUUUGCACUUGAGAAGGCCAAGAUCUAUUACUUUCACUCGCACUUGGAGUGUCGUCAGUACUUUACUACACGAAACGCCGACCUUGUUGUUGGUGCUAUUGAGCUCAAGGAUGCACUGCAGUUACGUCCAUGUGCGCGUCUGGAUUUACCUCACAAGGGCUUUGAAGUGCACACAAAGCGACGCGUUUGGGUACUUUGCCCUGAGACGGACGAGGAGUACCGCAUGUGGUUCCAAGGCGUCGAGCGUGCUAUUGUAGCCAAUGGUGCUGGCAACAUUAUUGAACGUAAGCUACCCAAUGUCCGCAAGUACUUGAUGAAGGGCAACCAAACGUACCGGUUCUUCUAUUUCUUGUUCCUGAUUGCGGGUAUUGUGGAGCUAUUGGCUCUCGUGUUUUGGUUUGUAAUCGGCUUGGAGCCUUGUGACGCGUCACGUCUCGAAGUUGACUGUGCGACGAUUACGAGCACGUCUCUAAUUACGCUGAGAUGCUCGAGCAAUCCGUUUAGUGGAUGGUUCACGCCACCCAAUUGGUAUCUUCAGAUUGCCGACGUCGAGAAUGUGACUUGUUUCCGUGACCCACCUAUUCCACAGUGGGUUUCUUACUUCGCCAUGCUUUUCGCUGAGGUGCUGACAUUCUCUCUAGGUGUUCUCUACUAUCUCGGGAUGUGGAAGCCUGUACGUCGUGGCGCACACUACUUCGACGAGUUUGAGCCACCCGUUCCUGAUGAGCUGUGGCCCAAGGUAGAUGUUCUGUUGUGUCACUACUCCGAACCGGCUGAAGAGACUAUCGACACGUUGAUGGCCUGUAUGAACCUACAGUAUCCGCCGCACCUCCUCCAGAUCUGGGUUUUGGAUGAUGGCUACUGCAAGGCCAAGUGGGCCAAAGGCAACCCUGUUCCUACAGUGGAGCUGAAUAAGGGUAUCUUGGAAACUGCUGGCGAUCUUCGCCAGGAGGUGGCACAGUUUAUGUACGACCGCGUAUGCGACCCUAAUGAGGACACAGAGGUGUACGCGUGGCGUAAGCUGCAUUCGUCCGCCAACUUACCGUCACCGUCGCGUUCGAAGGCGGUGAACCGUGCCGAUUGUGCUGUUGGUUCAUUCCGUGACGACUACCGCUACCCCGGCCUGCCGCACGUGACGUUUGUUGGUCGUGUGAAACCAGAUACGCACUAUUCCAAGGCAGGAAACAUCAACAAUUGCCUGUACAACGAAGGUGCCAAUGGCCGCUACCUCAUCAUCUUGGAUACGGACAUGCAGCCUCACCCGAAGUUUAUUCUGGCUACGUUGCCGUUCUUCUUCGACGACGAGGAUCGUCAAGACAAGGCCAAGUAUAUUUGCUGUGGUAUUGGUUGUAACUCGGUGGCGAAGCUUUGCUGUGCAUCGUGCCAGAUUGCUGGUGUGCCAGAGGAACAGAUCAGUUACUGCUCAAAGGAUUGUUUCGAGAACGCCAUGCACGUGCAGAGUGCGGUCCACCGUCGUCAGGUGAAUGGCACCAUGAGCGAUUCGCGUGCGAACAAGAUUGACAUGCGUUGCAUGAACUGUGAUGCGAAGCUCGGCAAGAGCGGUGUCUGUCGCAAGUGUAAUCGAGGCACUGGCGACAGUGAUGGCGACGACGUGUCGUCUCUUCACACGUACUCGGACAACGUGCGUGACAAUGCUGUGGCUUUCGUUCAGACGCCUCAGUACUUCCGCGACUGCAUUCAGCUCCAGAUUGGCGACCCAAUGGGCCACCGUAAUGCCACUUUCUACGAUGCGAUUCAAACUGGUCAGGACGGUUACGAUUGUGCCUCUUUUGCUGGCACAAACGCUAUGUUCCGUCGCGAGGCCUUGGAUUCUAUUGGUGGCAUUCAGUACGGAAGUCUGACGGAGGAUUGUUAUACUGGUCAGGUGUUGUGCUCAAUGGGCUGGAAGGCGCAGUACUUUCGCAAGGAUUUUGAAGGUGAGCCAUCGGAGCGUAUUCGUUUAGCUGAAGGACUGAUUCCGGACUCGGUGGCUGGUUCACUGGCUCAGCGAAAGCGUUGGGCUAAGGGUAAUUUUCAAAUUGCGCUGAUGAACAAGAAGACACAGUACUUUGACCCUGAGUGGAAGGCGCCGGAAGUGCAGGUGCCGUCCUACCACAAGUCGAACAAGUUUAUGCGCCGCGUGUUUUACUACAACUCGACUCUUUACCCGCUUGGUUCGAUUACGGCUAUCCUGUUCUACUACAUCACAAUCUACUUCCUGUUCUCCGGCUACGCUCCGAUUUAUAUGGCUGGAGUUCGUCUCGUGUAUGCCUUGGUGCCAAAGCUUUUCGUGCAGGGCGUGCUGUCCGCUCUGAGCAACCGUACCGUAGACAACAGCGAUGUGGUUCGGUCUCAGGAAGUGUGGUUUGCCUACGCAUUCACGAAUUGCACAGCCGUGCUGGAGGCAUUUUGGUGGAAAAUCACGGGCAAGGAGCCAAAGUGGUUCAAUACAGGCGGUGCGAGCCGUGGCUCGACUGCUGAGCUGCCAAACGUGAUCAUCUUUAUCGGAACUGUCGUGGGCGUGCUGUGGUCAGUGGUGCGUUUCCUGGCUGGUUACAACAGCAUCCAGACGUCACACGGCGUAUCUCUGCUGUUUGCAAGUCUGAUGAUGGGUCUUUUCAUUGCUGUCAAACUCGCACCGAGCGUGCGCAUGAGUAUCCAGGAGUACUUUGGCUGGAGCUACGAGAGUUUGAUGGACCAGGGCAACGUCCUGGGCUCCAUCUCCAUUGCUUUUGGACUUGUCUUCAUUACACUAUGGGUCUGGAUCGAGCAGCCGACGUCCAAUCCUUUCUAG